UCAGAUUGCAUAUUUCUCUCUGCCUUGGGCUCUGUUAAAACGUAUAGAUAUGUGUACAUUGCAUGUCCCAAAAUUUUACAGUAACGGAAACAGAAUACAAUAUAAGUCCUGUGAGCCUGCCGAGAAGGAUCUCUCCCCCGCCUCAUCCCCCACUUUGGACCUCAUGACUGGAUGCUUGCUGGGACUGUAAGACCACUGUGAAGCAGACAAUUUAAAUCUGCUUCCUUAAACUCCUUAAUUGCUAUUUGGCCAGCCAUCUCCAAAUUCCUCUGUCUCUUCACGCAGCGCAUUCAUCAUUCGUGUUCCUAAUCUCUUUCCAAAAAUGAUGAAGUUUGAGGAGCUCCUUGCAGAAGUGGAUGGGUUUGGGAAAUACCAGAUACUGGUCUUCUUGAUGCUUUGUAUACCCAGGUUGAUCAUUCCCAUGCAUUUUUUGCUUCACAAUUUCAUUUCUGCAAUUCCGCCUCACCACUGUGCUAUUCCUGACUUUCCUGGAAUUUCAAACUUAAGCCAAGAGGAAGUUUUCCUUGUCAGCCUCCCAAGAGAACUGGAUGGCACAUGGAGCUCUUGUAAGAUGUUCUCCAGGCCACAGCUUCACCUGUUGAUCAAUUCUUCCGGGGAGUUGGACAACAGUUCAUCUAUACAGAACUGCCAGCAAGGAUGGGUUUAUGAUGCUGGGCAAUAUGCAUCUACCACGGCUACUGAGUGGGACCUGGUGUGUGAGAAGAAAGGCCUGAACCAAGCAAUUGCUACUUUCUUCUUCAUAGGCGUCACCCUUGGCUCUGUCUUUUUUGGCUACAUGUCGGACAGGUUUGGCCGGCGGACGAUGCUUCUGGUCUCCUCCUUCAUCACAGUGUUUUUUGGGGGCAUGAGUGCCUUUUCAGUGUCUUACUGGAUGUUUGUCACCUUGAGGACCAUCUCUGGGGUGGGGCUCACAGGCAUGUCCAUCAUCUCCUUGAUUCUAGCUGUGGAAUGGACUGAUAUCAAGCAUCGCACCUUCUGUGGCACCAUUAGUGGGAUGUCCUGGUCUUUGGGGUACAUGCUCUUGGCACUGAUUGCUUAUCUGAUUCGGUCCUGGCAAUGGCUUGUACUUGCAGUCACAUGUCCCUGCCUCCUCAGCAUUGCUGUUUGGUGGUGGCUUCCAGAAUCUGCCCGGUGGCUUCUGACUAAGAAGGAAGUGGAGACAGCACACGGUUAUCUUUCCAAAUGUGCCAAAGUAAAUGGCAAAGAAGAUUUCCCCUCCAAAAUAACUCCAGAAAUCUUGAGAAAGUCUGUGACCAUAGAAGAAUCAAGGACCUAUUUCUACUGGCACUUGGUUAAAACUCCCAAGCUAAGGAGGAUCACCAUAUUUUCCGCCAUUGUAUGGUUUGGCGUCUCCUUCACCUAUUACGGCAUCAGCUUAAACAUUGGGGGUUUCAGCUUGGAUCCAUAUCUGACACAGUUAACGUUUGGGGCCAUUGAGAUUCCUGCCAAACUUGGUGUGUAUUUUGUCCUGGAUCAUAUUGGCCGCCGACAUUGCCAGGGAUGGUCUCUCAUUGUAACAGGAUCCCUGAUCGCAUUAAAUACAAUCAUCCCUGCAGAACAUGGACAUGUCAGAUCAGCUGUGGCCAUCUUGGGGAAAGGUUUCUCAGAAGCCGCCUUCACUACUGUCUUCCUAUAUACUGCUGAGCUUUACCCUACUGUACUCAGGCAAAGUGGUGUCGGCUGUUGCUCGUUUGUGGCACGGCUUGCCAGCUCCAUAGCUCCUCUGGUCAUGUUACUGGAUGACACAUGGAAAUACCUUCCACCCAUGAUAUUUAGUGUGGUGGCCGGGUUGGCUGGAUCUGUGGCUUUUCUACUGUCAGAGACCACUAACAUUCAGUUGCCAGAGACAAUUCAAGAUGUGGAAGGUGACAGAAACAAGACUCCUUUGGGAGACCAAGCCCAUGAGCAAAGCAUUGUAGCGGACAGCGGAGGCAUUGCUUUGGGGCUGCUGAACCAAAUGAACGUGGAUGCUCUUCUCCCCGAACCACAGGAAGCCAACAAAGACUGUGACAAGGAAGCAAUAUCUUCGUAGCACAUCAUUAGCUAGAGGAACUGACACUUCUGGAUGUUAGUCACAAAAAUAAAAAAGCAAAAAAAUAGAA